AUGUUGAACUAUCCGUUCCCUUCACCUCCUGUCUUCUAUUCCACCUACAAGUUUGAUAUGAACUUGAAUUUGAUCAACAAAGUCUUGUUCCAAACUGUACUCAUUGCCUAUAAAGUUGACGAGAGGCUACAUUUCAUCUGUUUGGGAAUUAUCUUGCCAAUUGCAUUUGUUAUAACUACAAUUAGCUCAUACGUCAUAUUCCGAACUGCAUGUAUGAAACAUGUUCGAAAAAUUGAGACGACAUUGGUGUGCUACGCUCUGAUUGAGAAUAUUUUAAUGCAAAUGUUCUCAACCAUUUUCACUGUAUUUUACUGGACAUUUGGAUAUGCUGAAUUUGAAGAAGGCGAGUGUUUACAGCUCAAAAUCGUCGACCUUAUGAAGGGAUUGGAGUGGUACACUCAGAUCUUCACACACUCGGUCCCAUACUUCCUUUGCAUUUGCUUCAUGUUGUUCGGUUCAUACAAGAUCUACCAGUACCAUAUGAUCCGCCGAGAAGGGGCAGGAAUUCAACUGAGAGAAAAACAAAGAUACGGUGGAGUUGGUUUGACUUUAUUGGUCUCAAUCGUGUUUUUAACAAUUGAUAUGGUCUUUAACCUUUACUGCGACAUAUACGAAAUCCGUCUACACUACACAAAUGAGGGUACUAAUGCUGAGUAUUUCUUUUUUCUGAAAGAUUGCAAAACCGUGAUAACAACCGUACUGUAUGAGAAACUUCCAGAACCAUCAGAAAUGAAAUUGUUGGCAUGGAUGUAUUACAAAUGGUGUCGAUGCUAUUUUGCACUUUGCAUGUUCAGAAAGUUUUUAGACAAAAUGGAAGAUUGUUCGAUAAAACGUAGACAGCGAAAACGUCAGAAUAAGGAAAACAAAGAAUUGAAAAAAGAGAUAAAACAAAAAGCUCGAAAUCAACAAGGAUGUCAAUCUGCGAAAAAGGAAACAAGAAUAGACAUUGAUAUAAAUGAAAAUGUGGAACAUGUUAGUAUUGUGCCUAACAAAUCUCUACCAAUCCGAGAGACUGCUGUGUGA